CGUGCGGCUGGGUCUGGGGCUGCAUUUCUGGUCCAAUCGUUUCCCUAUCGCCGCUUCGACGCAAGGCUCAACCAGGGGCAGAACGACAGCCCAAUAGGCCGACAUGCCACGACAUCCUCUAGAGCCUGGCGGCGUUUCUGGGAAUGCUCUCUCACCCUCCGUUGCCCAGCCCUCACGAAACUCGCACAGCACAGUUACUAGUUUCCGUACGGCAACUUGGCGCGGAGAAGAGUACUCGAAUCGAGCUAAGCAGACUAUUCCCUCUCGACGUGCCGAUGCUCGCAGCAGCAAACGACACAAAACGGGCACGUGAUGGACGCGCAACGGACCCGGAUGACCCUUGCUCUCCGUCGUGCCGGGCUUGUCCCCCGUCGCCUUUCUCCGUUCGGCCACUCGACUAUAACACCGAUACCUCCGACGCGCCUCCGUUUAGAGGCGACGAGCUCCUGUCGCUGCUACCCGCGUCCUUCCGCACCAAGUCCGAUGACCUCGUUGCGGCGAGGCGUGACGUCAGGGCCUGCGUCGAAAAGGAACUCGACCUGCGACGGCUGACCGAUAUUCUCGGCUGGCUGUGGAUCGCCGGUCGGCCCAUGCCGCCAUGUCAGCUCCACCACCAGCUCUUGCUGUCGCGGGACGUCUUUGUCACGGAGCGCAUCGACAUGCAUCUCGUGUGGACGACUGGUCGGAUAUUUCUCAAGCCUCUGCCGCGCUUCCUGCUCGAGCCGCGCUUCUGGACGUGCCAUCUCUCGUGUGCCCACUCUUGUCAUUGUCCCGCGGAAGAUGGCAGCCCCGGGAGGCGCGCAGAAGACGCCCCAGGAUCCCCGGAAGGUGUCUUGGAACACGUCCCGGAGUAUGAUUAGUGGCGACGAUAUACUCACCUCGUAUAGCCACUGAAUCGGGGUCCUGCCAGCAAGCUCGUCCCGGCGUGACGCGCCAGUAAGUUCAUGAUAUCGGAGGUCGUUACUUCAAGGGCCUGUUUAUUAGG